AUGGGAAAGCGAAUUCGGGAGAAAGAGAGUGGAAUGUCUAAUGGAAAUAGUAGUCAUCCUACUCAUCCAGGACGUGUAUGGGGAAUUCUUCAUAUUAUUAAGUACCAUCAUUGGCGUCAUGUCAAGAGAAGGCUUACACACAGGAGGCAUGGUGGUGGAAGAAAUGAUGCAAGAGCUGAAACUUCUGAUGAUUCUGUUAUUGAUACUAUGCCAGAACAUUGUAAUCCAGCAUUGUCUAAUGUUGAAGGAAAGGUGGUACACUCCACCCCACCCACAAAACAUUCUAUCAAAUCUCGAUUAAAAUCACUUCUUCAUGAAGAUACAUACAAAAAGAAGAUUAGACAUAAGAGAAGCUCAACUUGCCCAGCAAAGUCAGAUGUAGCUCGUGCCAAAUCUGUUCACCAGUUGGAAGUUGAUCCACUGAGUGAAUUACUAUUAACUGUUGAGAGCCCUGAACCAGUGCUAGAAACCUUUCAAAACCAUCUUGCAGCUGGCACAUUGGAGGUAUUGUCACCAGUUUUCUCUGAGAAGCCAAUUGCCAACAAUGACAAAUGUGUGCACUGUGGCACAGCUUUUUCCAGUGACAUUUCGGAACAAAGCAAAGUUCAUAAGCACUUUAAAUGUCCUAAUCAAGGAUUGCCAGAAGAGAAAUCGAUGAAUGCGAAGAUACUUACAACUGAUGCUUCACCCCAUCUUUUCAAGGAUUUUCUUGAUGCUUUGGAUGUUAUCAACACAAACAAGGACUUUCUGUUGAAAUAUAUACAGGAUCCAGGCUCUCCUAUGCCAUUCCACACUCAUACUGAACAAUCUUUACGCGGCAAAACAAGAAGAACCAAAUCUAUCUCAUUUCCUAUAGGCUCUUCAUCAGGAAGCAAAGACACUGAAACAGGCCAACUCUUAAACCAAAUGGUAGAUGAUUGGUUCAAGGAUAAAGGGAGUGAAUUACAAAUUCAUAGUAACAUGCAAAAUGAUUCCAAGCCAGAGUCCUCAGAAGAUAUUCACCAACACUCCACAUCAUCAGGUUCUUCACAUAAAGUUGAUAAAUAUGAUGAAGAGUAUAAUAAAAUUUCUUCAUCAGUUUCAUCCCCAGUUCCUAACCAAGUGAAAACUAGGCACUUCAAGGAUCUUCGAAAGAAGAUGAAGCAUAUAAUUCAAGAGAGUAAGAAUGAGAAGUAUCGCAUUACCAUGGAUGCUGUACUUGACAAAAUUCCUCAUGGAAAGAAGCUUACCAAUAAUGUAAAGAAGUUGAUCCAUGACCAAUCCAAAGACCCCAAAAUUAAAGAGGAAGGUGAAGAGAGUGCCAAAAGUGGUUUUGGUAGUCAUCUCUCUUCUAAAUCCUUCAACAAGCGCCAACCAUCAACCAUGAGGACUACAUCUCUAAAUGCAUCAGCUAGUAGAUAUUCUCAGUUGUAUGAAACUUGUUUUAAUAGUGAAAUCAAAUAUCCUAAGGCUGAGAACUUGAGAUUGAAAACUGAAGAGAGAAGUUCAGCAUUAAAGACCUCAAAAUCCAUUAAAAGGUUUCUUUCAAUGCCUAAUCUUAAAUCUUAUUUCCACCACAGUGAGGAGCCUUCUGUUCUUUCAUCCCCCCAGAAUUCAAUUGGGAAAUUUGGUGAUGGAACCGCAGGCACAUGUGUCACUGAUCUGCAAACGGGGUUUGAUCAUAGUAAUGACUCAAAGAGUCAAUUUCUGCCCCCUACACUUACUGAUAGCUUAAAUCAAGAAAGCAACUUGAAUGCUGACCAAAAGCAGCUUCUUAUCAGGAGUGCUUCAAAAUCGGGAUUUGAUUUUAGUAAUGAGGCCAUGGCAGAUGAGAUCAAAGGAAUUGAUCAUAACUUGAGACAGAGUGAACUGGACAUUGGAGGUGAAACAGAGUCUACUACUAUGCCAGUAGAAACAAUCUCAGCCUUCUCUUCUGACAGCAGCUUCCUAGAUGUUACAUUUGACCUUGAGAACUUAAACAUAGAAGAAUCAGAUACAGAAUUAAAGCCAGGGCCAGAUGAUGGAUUGGAUGGUAUGGCUGAAAAAGAAGAGGCUAAAAUGGAUCAAUCUGAGUUGGUUGAGAAUUUUCAGAAAUUGGGAGCUCUAAGCAAGGAGUUCAACUAUGAAAUUCCAUGUAUUGAAGUGGAUGCAAGUAAUGAAGCUGCAUUUAAUUAUGUGAGAAAGGUUUUGGAUCUCUCUGGAUUCACUGCCCAUGAUUCUCUUGGAAUAUGGUAUUCUGAUAACCAACCAGUUGAUCCUUCAUUAUAUGAAGAAUUGGAGGGAUGCUUACUUCUGGAUCCUGAUUGUUCAGGUAAUAGUGAUGAAGGUGGACAAUGUAAUCAUCUGCUUCUGUUUGACAUAAUCAAUGAAGGAUUGUUGGAGAUUUUUGGGAGAUCAUACAAUUAUUAUCCAAGACCCUUGUCUUCUCUCUCCCAUAUUCAUCCAUUACCAUCAGGGGACAGGGUACUCUAUAAAGUAUGGACACUUAUUAGCUGGAAUCUGAACUCACCAACAACAUUUGAGCUUUACCCAUCGUUGGAUUACUAUGUGAGCAAAGAUCUAGCAAAAUAUGAUGGCUGGAUGAAUUUACAAUUUGAUUCUGAAUGUGUGGGACUUGAGUUAGAUGACUUGAUUUUUGAUGAUCUUUUGGAGGAAUUAAUCUACACCUAA